ACAAUGUCAAAUUUGAUUGGGUUCACUUCUUUGUCGUUGCACUUAGUGAUGGUACUCGUUUUUCCCAUCUCCAUUUUGCCAUCCCGAUCAUGCAUAUCCUUGCUCGUAGCAAAGUGGAUUUUACUCGGGACACUCAGGUGCUGGUCAAGAAGACGUGCUUCAUCACUGAAGCCAAGUUUUCCCGGAUCGUGUAUCGAGAGGAGGGCGAUGCUGCACCAAAUCUAGACCUGAUAGUUGCCGAAGAAGAAGAAGAAAGCCAAAACGAGAAUCAAGCUGAGUCAUCUCAAGCCGGAGGAAGUCGAGCCACGGAACGCGUCACUCGUCAACGCAAGACUCGACCGAGAAAAGAAGAACCAGAACCCUCUUGGGUGAAGAGGAUCUUUGAUACUCUCACAUGCAUCCGAGACGACGUUCGCCAGCUCAACGAGAGAAUGACUCGUUUCGAGCAUUCCCGCUCCUACCGUGGCCCGCGUCACAGCUUCAGCGGAGGAGCUCGUCCGGCGAACUCUCUUUGAUUUUUAUUUUCUCUUCUGUCUUAACUUUUUAUGAUACAUUGUUAUUUGCUAUUGUUGUUAUAACUCUUUUGGUGAAUGAUGUUGUUGCUAAUAUGGUUCUCUUUUAGAACAUAUUGUCCCUUUGUGGCAAUUCGUGUUAGAAGUUUUUUUUGAAAACUCUUACAAUUUUUUUCUAUCCUUCAAAAUCCCGGCAUCAAUUAAGGGGGAAGGUUAUC